GCAGGUGUUUUUUGGUGUGUCCUUUUUUUAAUCAUUAACGAGAGACGGAUUAAAACUCGAGGGGGGCGGGGAAACCGAAAACAAAUUUCCGGUAAAUGUCGCGCGUGUGAAGAGCCCCGUGUGACAGGAAACCCCCGAGUGUGAGUGAGUGAGUGUCAGUCGUUGCUGACGAGGCGAUGGUGGAGAAUGACCACUAUGAAGUCAGCGGCGAGGACCUGGCGCAUGCGGCGCAAUUGUUCGACCAGUUUUGGAGUGCUCAGACGCAGAAAACGGUGCUCGGCUACUUUCGACAGAUGUGCGAGAAGCUCCGCUUGCGGCCCACCAACUUCCCGCAGUUCUUUCCGAGACUCAAGAGCAAAUUAAAGUCAUGGAAGGCUCAGAGCUUGUGGACGAAGAUCGAGAAGCGGGCGAGUCACCGUUGCUACGCCAAGGGCAAGGCGUGCAUCAACACCCGGAAAGAACAAUGCGCUUCACCGGCGGGUCCUGAAGAAGCUUUGUCGCUGUGGGAAAGCACCAGAUGA